CCAAGCCUACCAUUAUCACCACCAUGGGGAUAUGGAUGGUGGUAGAGGUGGUGUGAUAGAGCAUAGUGAAGACAGCAGAGACCACAAGACUCAGUCAGCCAGCAGCCACAGAGAGGACAAGGUGAUUGUCUCUUGGCUCCGUCUCUCAUACAAGGUAGACGAGGAUUUGGAAAUUGAGGAUGAAAUUGUUGGAGGUGAACUGUGUUAUCGUCUUGCUGGGGAGUCUCACCUGGGCUCCAGCUACUGCUACUACCUUUACGCUACCGUCACCUUGGGGAUACAGGUGUGAUGCUGACAGGUGUGUUAAAGAAGAAAACACCGGUGUGGAUACUCUAGUGACGCUUAACACUUGUAAGCUGACCUGUGGCCCCUACGGCGUGCUCUGGCCAAAGCCUACCACAGCCACCGUAGGCAAUGAAGUGGCCGAGUUCCUCCCUACCAAUGUCACCUACGUGACCGCCUGUGUAGGGGAAGUUUGUUCCCUGCUGGAAACUGCGAUAGAAAUCUUCAAGGAUAACUUGCAACGCUAUCAUCCAGACUACGCCAGUGGUUCUGCACCAUGGGAAGGUCCCUGGGCUCCUGACACAGUGGCUCACACUCUCCACAUCGCCGUGGAUGUAACAGGGAAAGAGACACGAAUUACGCUGGACACAGACGAAUCCUAUGACUUGUUGGUAGCAACCACAGGAGACGUCACUUCGGCAUCCAUCUCAGCGCCAACAUUCUUCGGCGCUCGUCACGCACUGGAGACCUUAUCGCAGUUAGUUGAGUACCAGGAAAACCGAGAUUCACUCAUGAUCGUUACCACUGCUAAAGUCACUGACUCUCCUGUUUUCAAAUACCGUGGAAUCAUUCUUGACACAUCCCGAAACUACAUCAGUGUUGAGUCCAUCAAGAGGUCGUUGGACAGCAUGGCGGCCAACAAGCUAAACUCUUUCCACUGGCACAUCACUGACUCUCAUUCCUUCCCGCUGUAUUUAGAGACCUUACCCAACAUGGCCUACUACGGCGCCUACUCGCCCCGUCAGGUAUACUACCCAGCGGACGUGCGUCACUUAGUGGAGUAUGGCAGAGUUCGAGGCGUACGGGUCCUUCCUGAGUUCGAUGCUCCAGCUCACGUUGGCAACGGGUGGCAGUGGACCGAGAAGGAGGAGAGUCUGGGCAAGCUUGCUGUCUGCGUCAACAGGGAGCCGUGGCAGUCAUUUUGUGUGGAGCCACCAUGUGGACAGCUCAAUCUGGCUAACCCCAACAUGUACAAACUCCUGGGCCAGAUCUAUGACGAGAUGGUUCAGCUCUUCAGUCCCAUCGAUCUGUUCCACUUUGGAGGAGAUGAGGUAAACUUGAACUGCUGGAACACCACAGAGGAGAUUGUCACCUGGAUGAAUGACAACAACUUUGGGUUAUCUUCUGACGCUUACUACCAACAAUGGGGCAUCUUCCAAGAAAAGGCUCGCCAGCUGCUCACCGCUGCUAACGGUGGUACCGAGGUACCUGGCAUCAUGUGGACAUCUCACCUCACGGAAGCUGGCCACGUCGACCGUUACCUCAACAACUCUCAGUACAUAAUCCAGAUCUGGACCACUGGGGAUGACCCAGUAAUUGGAGAACUUCUGAAUAAAAAUUUCCGUGUUAUAUUCAGCAACUACGAUGCGUGGUACCUGGAUUGUGGCAUGGGAGCAUGGGUGGGUGCAGGCAACAAUUGGUGUAGCCCCUACAAGGGUUGGCAGACUGUAUAUGACAACAGUCCUUACGCCAUGGCUAUCAGUCAGACUGGCUCGCCACACCCAGAUCUGGUUCUGGGUGGGGAAGCCGCUCUCUGGACAGAACAAGGGGACGAUACUACGGUAGACUCGAAGCUGUGGCCCCGCGGGGCGGCUCUGGCUGAGCGCUUGUGGACCAACCCAGACACUAACUGGGAAGCCGCAGAGACCCGCUUCAUACACCACAGACAACGACUGGUCAUGAGGGGUAUUAUGGCCCAGCGUGUCCAGCCCGAAUGGUGCCACCAGAACGAAGGUCUUUGUUACCUGUAAGCUGUCACCAGUGGUGCCAUUAGAAGCAAGACCUUUAUUACCUGUAAACUGUGCCAUCACUGUUUCAUUUAAAAUGUUAGAAUGAUGGUAAAAAUGGUGUCUUGAGCCUCUCAACGGUCAACAACGAUGUCAAAGAAACAAUGACCUCUCUAAUACUGGCAAGUGUCACUGAAGAAUCUUCUCCUUUUGAACCAUCGAUAAAAAGUCGCCAUAUAAAUUUUUCCUUGCUCAGAAAAAUUAAACACAUUUUUCUCCAUAGCGAGUACAGUAUGCAAAUCACUCGCCUUACCUCGGACGACAUAGGUAGGUUUGAAUAUAAGAUAUAAUUGUAAUAGUACAGUGGCCAUAUUCGAUGCCUCGCAUUAGACCUGUAGCAUUUUGCAGUUCACUUUUUCAGUCGGUUCUUUACAAAUUCUGUGCAAAUUUAUUUAAAUAUUUUUGUAUUUUAUGAAUAUAUUUCGAUUCGACAAAACUGUAUGCAAAAAUUUAUGUUCAAGAUGCAAAUGUAUGUAUUGAGAUUUUUGCAAGAAUACUUUUGAUAUGUUUUUGCAUCAUGUUUUAAAAUGGAAAUAAAAAGUUAUUAUGUUUCUAG